GCACAUGUUAUAUUUACCCGCAGAUAAUGAAACAGACUAUAUAAGACAUUAAAGACAUAAUUACAAUGUAAACAGGCAAUGUUUCUAAUUAUUUGAAUGUGAUAGUUCAGGCGGAGGUUUGAAUGAGCAUGGAGGCGGACAUUAUUGAAUUCAGGGUUCCAACUGAAAACAACAAGACCAUUUUUAUUUGGGAUAUACAGCCUUCGUUUUCAGAAGCGUUCAUUUAUGAGUCUCUGUGGAGUGUGUAUUCAUCUUUUGGAGCACUCUACUUAUUGAAGGUGUGUCCCAACGCUGCAGUGGCUUCACCUGGAUUCUAUGCACUGGUCAAGUUCUACUCUGCUGUGCAGGCAUCAAAAGCUCAGAGAACUACAGAUAAACAGACUCUGUUCCAGGAUGUUCCCCUAAAAGUCAGGCUAAGCACAAAGCAGAACCCAACCUUCCUCUCUGGAUCCCCAUCACUUAGCCAUUCAAAGUGCCUAGAACUGGCUAAUCAUUACCUGGGCUACAAUGGCUGGUCCACUCACAUAAUCACUCUAAAGGAUAUCUCAAAGUGUGCAGACGCUGGCUGGAGCCCAGAUACAGACGAUGAGGGAGAACUGAUAAAAUACGGCUGCUUUGUUGAACUGACUCUACCACAGCAUGGAGUGACGUGUCGUGGGAUUGGUGUUGCUGAGGAGGUUGUCGACCAGGAGAAGGCUCUAGAGGAAAGACUGUGGAAAAGAGGGCAACUGAUGAAAUGGGCAAAAGACAAAGCAGUAGUUGCAGCCUUUGAAAAAGUGUUAAUAUUAGUUCUUGGUAAUGGAAAAGUGGCAGUUGAAUGCAGAUUUGAUCCGGAGGAAGUGCUCCCGGAUGAGAAUGUCGAGGAGGUCAUACAGGUAAAUGAUGUCCCUUGGAGCGACUUCGAGUCAGGAGGGGCAGAGGAGGAAGAUCUGCCAUGGGACUUUACAGUGGACCUCACUCAUUAGCCUUAUGGUUUGGGUUAAAAUUGUGCAUUGCAGUAGUUGUGUAAAAUUGUCUGUGUUUGUGUGUGUUUUAAAUAUGUAAAAAAUAAUUGCAUUUAAACUUAUAAUAAACAAAUGUA